AUGCGGAAGAAAAUGGCAAAAGUCUCUACUUUCUCACCAAUCACAGUGAAUGCCCAGGACAAUGAGGGCCACGCCCCUCUGCACUUCUGUUCUCGCUUUGGACACCACAACAUCGUGAAGUACUUACUCCAAAGUGACUUGGAGGUUCAGCCUCAUGUGGUGAACAUCUACGGCGACACACCCUUGCACCUGGCAUGCUACAGUGGAAAUUUUGAAGUUGCAAAGGAGAUCAUCCACAUAACAGGAACUGAAAGUCUGACUAAGGAAAACAUCUUCAGCGAGACAGCUUUCCACAGUGCUUGUACCUAUGGCAAGAACAUUGACCUGGUCAGAUUUCUUCUUGAUCAGAAUGCUGUGAGCAUUAAUCAUCAAGGAAGAGAUGGGCAUACAGGAUUACACUCUGCUUGCUACCAUGGCCAUAUUUGCCUGGUUCAGUUCCUACUGGAUAAUGGUGCAGACAUGAAUCUAGUUGCUUGUGAUCCCAGCAGGUCUAGUGGUGAAAAGGAUGAGCAGACAUGUUUGAUGUGGGCUUAUGAGAAAGGACACGAUGCCAUUGUCACACUCCUGAAACACUAUAAGAGAUCCCAGGAUGAGCUGCCAUGUAAUGAAUAUUCCCAGCCUGGGGGAGGUACUGCUCUUUACUAUUAUGUUUUCGCUGUUGUACAAUAUUGA